GUUCUUUCUUUCUUUGUCUCUCUCCUCUCUCGCCCUGCUGGAGUUUCCUACUACUGUAACUGUAUUAGAAAGUUAGCUAAGAUUAUAUGAAAUUGUGGCGACUUGAAGUCCUGAGAAUUUAAAUAUGAAGAAAGAUUGUUGCACUCAGGGGCCACUGAGAGAGCAAUUCACCUUUUCCGCUGGUUCUGCUCCCUUCAAAAGUUGCCAUGCUUCUAGUAUUGUUGAGGUUGAUAAAGGUCAUUUUUUAGCUGCUUAUUUUGGAGGUACCUCUGAAGGAGCACCUGAUGUGAAAAUUUGGUUGCAGAAAUACAAGGAUGGCUGCUGGUAUCCACCUGUUAUUAUUGAUGAAGAACCCAAUGUCCCAAUGUGGAAUCCCGUGCUAUUUAAACUUCCAUCAGAGGAAUUGUUGUUAUUCUAUAAAAUAGGCCAGGAGGUUCAAAAGUGGAGUGGAUGCAUGAAGCGAUCAUAUGAUAAAGGUGUUACUUGGACAAAGAGAGAGCAACUUCCUCCUGGCAUACUAGGACCUUCUAAAAACAAGCCUAUUUUGAUGGAAAAUGGCCUUUUGCUCUGUGGAUCAUCUGUAGAGAGUUGGAAUUCUUGGGGGGCAUGGGUUGAGGUUACAGCAGAUUCUGGUGUGUCUUGGAAGAAGUAUGGCCCUAUUAUUGUUAAAAAUAAAUCUCUCAGUGUGAUUCAACCAGUUCCUUACCUUACUGCAAAAGGAACAUUGCGUGUUUUGUUGCGAUCUUUUGAUGGCAUUGGUAAAGUUUGUAUGUCAGAAUCCAUUGAUGGUGGUCAUAACUGGGAUUAUGCAAAACCUACUGAGCUUCCCAACCCAAACUCAGGUAUUGAUGGGGUUAAGCUGAGGGAUGGUCAUGUUUUACUUGCUUACAAUACAAUCUCAAGGGGCGUGCUUAAAGUUGCACUCUCCACAGAUGAUGGUGAUUCAUGGCAUGAAGCUUUGACACUGGAGGAGAAUUUGGAAAUGGAAUUCUCUUAUCCCGCUGUUAUCGAGGCUAGUGAUGGAUCUGUUCACAUCACGUACACGUAUGAUAGGACACAGAUUAAGCAUGUUAUCCUUCAACCAAAUUGGUUCAAUGACAUUUUUCCUUCUCAGCAAGAGUAGAAGGAAAUGUUUGGGAACUAUAAGAAACUUGGGGUUUGUUGUGUUCGACCAUAAAUCAGACCUGAAAAAAGGAUUGUUCAGGUAAUCUCAGUUGGAGACCAGAUUGUCCAUGUUAGCGGAUUGAACUAGUGUAUUGUAGACAGAAGGUGAGUGAAAUGCCAGGAGCAGAAGUUACUAUAAACAGCACCAGCUUUCAUAGAGCAAAUUUUGCACGGGCAAUGUUUAGAUUGGCUUGCUUUGGAAGAAUUGAAGUUAGUGAAAGUAAUAUAUUUUUUUACUUCAUUACUUGCCAAUUGAGCCUUGAUGUAACAUUGUGACCGGUGUAACUUAAAAAAGUUUUUGUGUUUGGGUUCGAGCACAAUAAUUUUGAUUUUGGUUGGACUUCAAUUUGGUUCACUUGUGUGGGCUGUGUUGUUGCUCCAGUGUUCAUGAUGGACAGUAUUAGGGCCUUGGUCUGGACACACUGUUUUUUAUGUACAGCUGCUUUGCAAUUAUCGAAGAGGAAAGGUUAGUUUGUGUAA